GAUGUCUAACUUCACUGAAUGAAUGCUGUGACUGUUUGGGUUGUAGGUGGGGAAUUCCAGUGAGAGGAAAGUUUAGGUGUAAAUCUUACAUUUUCUAAUAUAAGGACUAUAAAACUAAGGUUUUGAGUGCUAUUGGCUUCGAUUCCUAAAGAUGAUUGCCUAAUCUUUUUAUUUUAAUCCAUAAUUCCCUGCUUGAAAAAAUUUGGGUGUUGACUUGCAUAGUUGUAUUUUGAUGUAGACAAAGUUUCAAACAAGUUUUUCAAAAGUACUAAAAUUAACUAUGGCUUGGAGAUUCAAAGCGUCCAAAUAUAAGAAUGCUGCCCCCAUUGUACCAAAACCUGAAAAUUAUGUCCGGGAUAUAUGUGUGGGGUCGUACCAAACUUACGGAAACAACAUUGCUGCUUCAGCCAAAUUUAUGGCUUUCAAUUGGGAACAUACAGGUUCUAGUCUUGCAGUGCUUCCAUUAAAUGAUUCUGGGCGUAAAACUAAACUGAUGCCUCUAUUACAUGGACAUUUAGAUACAGUAACAGAUCUUGAUUUUUCACCUUUUCAUGAUGGGUUACUUGUGACUGGUUCCCAAGAUUGUACUGUAAAAUUUUGGUUAAUACCUGAAGAAGGGUUACAAGAAUCUUUAAGUGAACCUGAAUGUAUGUUUUCUCAAACUCAAAGAAGAAUUGAAACUGUAGGAUUUCAUCCUACAGCUGAAUGUUUGAUUCAUUGUUCUUCUUUCACAAAUAUCACACUUUGGGAUUUAUUAUCUCAAAAAGAAAUAUUCUCAAAUUCAGAUGAUCAUACUGAAGUUAUACAAUCAGUGAGUUGGAAAAAAGAUGGUACCUUACUUUCUACAUCCUGCAAAGAUAAACAAGUUCGUAUCCUUGAUCCAAGAAGUGAAAAAUAUUGUUUGAAAACAGCUAACAGUCAUCAGAGUAUUAAAGAUUCUAGAAUAAUUUGGUUGGGUGACAGUAAUAGAGUAUUAACUACUGGAUUUGAUGCUCAACGUUUGCGUCAAAUCAUUAUAAGAGAUGUGCGAAAUUUCAAUCAAGUUGAAAAAUCUGUUGAAUUAGAUUGUUCCACUGGUAUUUUAAUGCCACUUUAUGAUGCUGAUACUGGCAUGCUUUUCUUAGCAGGAAAAGGAGAUACAACCAUUGGGUAUAUGGAAGUAACAGAUAAGGACCCAUAUUUAAUAGAAGGAAUAAGACAUUCAGGGGAGCAGACAAAAGGAGCAUGUCUUGUUCCAAAGAGAGCUCUAAAUGUUAUGCAGGGAGAAGUCAAUCGUAUACUUCAGUUAACUUCAUCUUCAGUUAUUCCUGUUACCUACCAAGUUCCUAGAAAAACCUAUAGGGACUUUCAUGCAGAUCUUUAUCCUGAUACUGUAGGAUAUAAGACAGAAUUGAAUGCAGAAAAAUGGUUGAGAGGAGAAAAUUUCAUUUUACCAAAAAUCAGUUUAAAUCCUGCUGAUAGAGCAAAUGGAGACGCUCCUAUAAUUAUUUACAAGGGAUCGCUUCUAAACAUUAAAGAAGAACAUGACAAAAUAUCGCAAACCAAAAAACCUGGAACCUACAUACAAAAACCAAAAGCCACUGCAUUGCAUGAUUCGAAUGAUUUCGCCAUAAAAUGUAAAAGCAACAACCUGGAAAAAUUUAAAAUAACUAAUGAACCAGUUGAAGAUAACAAAGAUGCUCCAUCCUGCACAGGCAUAGAAAAAGAACAAGAGGAGGAUAAUGAAAAAGAAAAACGAAAUGUUGAGAACAAAGAAAUUGAUGAAGCAUCAAAAAAUGAGGAUAAGAUUACAAUAGAGAAGGUUUUUCCCCCAAAACCUCUACCAAGAGCUUCUAGAACUGGUUCCAUCUGCGAAAGCAGUGAUGAGACAAAUGCACCAAAACCAGUGGCUAGACCCAGAACUAACAGUUGUGUACCAGUUGUGAAUUCCGUGAAUCCAAUUGCUCCAAUUUCUGGAGGAUAUAAGCCCCGACUAGGACCUAAGCCAUUCACUGCUUUGAAACUAAACGAAGCAAAAUCUUUUGAUCAAGUCUUUUGUGUUCCCCCAGUGCCAACUCAAAACCAAACUACUAAUGGCUGUGAUAAUAAGAGCCCUAGCCCUGAAAAUAAUAGUUUAGAAAUGGAGGAAAAAAAUAAACCGAUUGAACCUGAAAUAGCUGAUGAAGAACCUUCUUCAUUAAAAUCUACCGUUGAAAGUAACGAUCCUCCCACUAAAGAUGACCAGACCAUAGAAUCGGAAGGAUUGUCAUCAAAAACACCUACAACUGCAGAACGUAGACGAAUGUUCGAAGCAAGCGAAAAUGAAGAAAAUUUAGACUCGAUUGAUGCAAAAAGUUUUGAAAGAGGCGGUUCUCAGAGGGCUAGCAUAGCGGAACGUAAGAAAAUGUACGAAAAUAAAUCUAUAUCGGUUAUAGAAAAUGCCACUGCUGAUAAAAUAGCUUCUCCUGUGAUGUUGAGAAGAAAAGGGUCUUUCAAAACAAUCAAAAAUAAAGAGGAAGAAACCAAUGUUAACGAUAUUAAGAGAAACUUAGGAAUCACCAAGCAACAAUCUCUCGAUCCUCAAGCUUGUAGGAAAAGUGAGGCGAUAGCAGCGCCACCUAAGAGAACUUCAACUGUUUUUGGUCGUGUUUCUAAAUUCAGACACUUGAAAGUGACUCCUGCACAUAAAUCUCAGCAAAUUGAAAAUGUCCGAAAUGUAAGCAGGCAAAUCCCUGGAGAAUGUGAUGGAUUUCAUGCAAAUCCAGAGUUCUUGGCUGUACCUCUUAGUGGUCCAGGCGGUAAAAUAUCCAUACUCAAUCGUAAAAAACCUGGAAAAUUACCCGAUGGUGUUAUACCCUCUCUAGUUCAGGGAAGUAACAUCAUGGAUUUCUCAUGGGAUCCCUUCGACAAUCAUCGUCUUGCGGUAGCCUGUGAUGAUGGUAUUAUAAAGUUGUGGAGGAUCGAAGAAGAUGGUCUGAAAGAGUCAACUAACAAAUCAGAACAAGAAUUCAACGCACACAGUGAUAAAAUUUAUUUCAUCAAGUUUCAUCCAACCGCUAAAGAUGUUUUAGCGUCUGGUUCCUAUGACAUGACAAUAAAAAUUUGGGAUCUUUCAGAUUGUUCUGAAAAGAUUGUUUUGAAAGGUCACACCGAUCAAAUCUUCAGUUUUGCAUGGUCACCCUGUGGAACAUUCUGUAGCACGGUGUGUAAAGACGGUAAAAUAAGGGUUUAUAACCCAAGACGAUCGGAGACACCAGUGAAAGAGGGCAAAGGUCCCGAAGGUAAUAGAGGAGCAAGGAUUGUUUGGGCUCUAGAGGGGCAAUACUUAGCAGUAAGCGGUUUCGACAAAGUUUCUCAAAGGUUGAUUUCUGUCUAUAAAAUUGACAAUCUAGAUAACCCCCUCAACACUAUUGUCAGUGAUGUAUCUCCUUCCAUUCUCAUUCCCUUCUACGAUGAAGAUAGUUCUACGCUGUUUGUGACAGGAAAAGGUGAUUCUACUAUAUACGCUUAUGAAAUAACGGAAGAAGCACCACACAUUUGCCCCUUAAGUCACCAUAGGUGCCCUAGCCUUCAUCAAGGUUUGUCAUUCCUUCCUAAAAAUACUUGUGAUGUUGCUGCCGUUGAAUUUGCUGUCGCUCUCAGGUUAACGAAUAAUACUAUAGAACCGCUCUCAUUCACUGUUCCAAGAAUAAAGACUGAAUUGUUCCAAGAUGAUCUCUUUCCCCCGACCAGAGUUACAUGGAAGCCGACAACUGAUAGUAAUGAAUGGUUUAGUGGAAAAGACAAAUUACCUCAAAGGAUCAGUCUUCAACCAGAAGGAAUGAUGGCUUUAUCUGGUCAGAAAACUGGUAAUACAAUAAAUGAAAAGGCCGCAGAGAAAAACACAAUCAAUAAAUCGGCAUCAUCUCCAUUUAUUGCUGCAAGCAGACCAAUAAAUCUAUGGGAUCAAGAAUUAUCUAGUCAAAUAAAAGAAAAACAAAACGAGAUUCAAAAAUCAAUCAGCAAUAGAAUGGAGAUCAACCUGAAGUUGGAGCAAGACGAAAUGGAAGGUGUAGAUGAGAAGGAGUGGGACUGAACGACAUUCCAUUAGAGCGUUUUCAUUCUAAAGCAUAUUGUGCCUCCUGGCAUAGUGGUAACUCAAUCUAGCUCAUCAAUUUUUUCCCCAUAUUUAUAUACAUAUUUUUAUAUUUUCUAUUUAUACAUUUUAUUAUUUAUUUAUAUAUAUUUAUAUAAGCUCA